AUGCGAAGAACAUUAAUGCUUCUGCGGCACAGAGUUAACUCCCCUUAUGAGAUUGCGGCGUUCAUUUCUUUUUCUUUUUUAUUUUCUUUACCAGAUUUUCUUUGUCUUUAUUUUUCUUUCUCUCUUUCUUUCUUUCUCUUUCUCUCUCACCUAUUUAAACAUAGUUCAAAGCUUCUUCGUUCCUUUCUUUCCUUCCUCUUUUUAUUAUAUCUAAUAAACAAUUCUUCAUUUUCUUUUUUUCUUUCAUUCUUUCUUUCUUUCUUUCUUUCUUUUUUACACUCAUUCAUUCAUAGCCAUUUAUUCGUUCAUUCUUUCAUCAUUCUUCUACUCUUCCUUCCUCUUUAUCUUCCCUCUCUCUCUCUCACUCUCUCUCUUAUUUCCUUACUUUCUUCCUUCUUCUUCAUCCCUCCUCUUUAUGCUCCCACUACAUCCUUGCUGUAUAUAUUUUCUCUCUUAAUCCAUUUCUUUCUUCCACGUCAUCCUUUCUCUUCAUCCUUCUUCUUCAUCCUUUCUCUCUUUUUUCUUCUUCCUUCCUCAUCUCUUCCUUCCUCCUUCUUUAUCCUUCACCCUUUUCUCUCUUUCUUCCUUUCUUCUUCCUUCCUCUUCAUACUUCUAUUCCUCAUCCAUCCUUCUUCGAGAUUUCAUAAUUUUAUUCAAACAUCUCUCUCUCUCUCUCUCUCUCUCUCUCUCUCUCUCUCUCUCUCUUCGUUCUCUUUUCUCUCUCUCUAUCUCUCUCUCUAG